AUGCCCUCCGCAAAGCCGCGCUCGGCCCCUAGGAACCGCCCGGAGGGCAAAGUGCUGGAGACCGUGGGGGUGUUCGAGGCACCGAAGCAGCACGGCAAGUACGAGACCGGCCAGCUGUUUCUUCACAGUGUGUUUGGCUAUCGAGGAAUAGUCCUGUUUCCCUGGCAAGCCAGGCUUUACGAUCGAGAUGUUGCUUCUCCUGUCACAGAAAAGAGUGAGAAUGCAGCAGGCCAUGGCUCCAAAGAAGUCAAAGGCAAAACACACACUUACUAUCAGGUGUUAAUAGAUGCUCGGGAUUGUCCACAUAUAUCCCAGAGGUCGCAGACAGAAGCAGUUACGUUCCUGGCAAAUCACGAUGACAGCAGAGCCCUCUACGCCAUCCCAGGUUUAGACUAUGUGAGCCACGAAGACAUCCUUCCCUACAGCUCCACCGAUCAAGUGCCCAUCCAGCACGAGCUCUUUGAGAGGUUUCUCAUGUACGACCAAACGAAAGUUCCACCUUUUGUAGCGAGGGAUACGCUCUGUGCGUGGCAGGAGAAGAACCACCCGUGGUUGGAGCUCUCCGAUGUCCACCGAGAAACUACGGAGAACAUCCGAGUCACAGUCAUCCCCUUCUAUAUGGGCAUGAGGGAAGCCCAGAAUUCCCAUGUCUACUGGUGGCGCUACUGUAUUCGCUUGGAGAACCUUGACAGUGAAGUGGUACAACUACGAGAACGGCACUGGAGGAUAUUUAGCUUGUCGGGCACCUUGGAAACUGUCAGGGGCCGUGGGGUUGUAGGAAGGGAGCCAGUUUUAUCCAAAGAGCAGCCAGCAUUUCAGUACAGCAGUCACGUCUCCCUGCAGGCGUCCAGCGGGCAUAUGUGGGGUACUUUUCGAUUUGAGAGGCCCGAUGGCUCCCACUUUGAUGUCCGAAUCCCACCCUUUUCCCUGGAAAGCAACAAAGACGAGAAGACCCCCCCCUCCGGCCUUCACUGGUAGAGCAGCCCCGGGCAGAGCCCCGCAGAGAACUGUGUGUGUCGUAACCUCCGCCUCCCCGUCACGCUGCGGCCACCAACACAGAGCUGUUAAACAUUUUAAACGUUUUUUGUUGUUGUUUUAACAAACUGUCUAACGGGGAGGUUUUCUUUUGAACUUAAAUACCGUCUCAGGCUGCUUGUAAACAUGAGCUCUGUUGCAGUUAACCCUUCCCUCGGUGGCGCUGCCGGAGCUGGGCGUUAGAUCCGGGCUCUGCGCGCCUGGCCCCUUCCGCCGUGUUGUGACUUCUCCAGUGUGAGGUUUCUCUAAUAAACUGGCCCUUCCAGUUGC